AUGCUCGAAGACCGAGCGCUCUGGGGCACCGCGCCGCCGGAACCUCGAAGUCGACUCGAAAACUGGCCCACGGUACUCUUCUCGUGGUGGUGCACGAGUUUCGCGGCGGUAAUCAUCAUCACGAGAUUAUGCGGCCGCAAAGUCAGAAGUAACCGCUUAUUUCGAGAGGACUGGAUCAUGAUGAUAUCGCUGAUACCGCUGUUCAUCCGGAUGAUCUUCAUCCAUUUUGUGCUAAUCUAUGGAACGAACAAUAUCGAUACUGUUGGACACACAUACUCCCCAUCGAAAAUCUAUCACAAGGAAAUCGGCUCGAGAUUGGUUCUGGCGGCGAGGAUCUUCUAUGCGAUGUUCAUCUGGAUCUCCAAGCUUACGGUCUCCGAGUUCCUCAAGCGUAUCACGAUAAGAGUCUGGAGAAGGAGUUGGGAGAUUAUGCUUCAGAUCAUUCGCAUAUUCCUGUUUCUCACGUUUGCUGGAGUGGUUGUAGCCACCUUGACGGAGUGCCAGCCCUUCGACCACUACUGGCAAGUUGUGCCCGACCCAGGACCGCACUGCAGACAAGGUUUCGCGCAACUACUGACCAUGGGCAUCUGCGAUAUUAUCACCGACAUUCUUCUCAUUGCAUUCCCCAUUCCAGUCGUGCUGAACUCUGGCCAAAGUUGGAAACGGAAGCUCCAGAUGGUGUUGCUGUUCAGCAUGUCAAUCAUCAUGAUCGGGAUCACCGCGACUCGCAUGCCCAUGGUUAUCGACCAUCAUGGACGACAACAAUACCGCACAGUAUGGGCUUCGUGUGAGAUUCUGGCAUCGGCCUCGGUAUCGAACGCGGUUAUCCUCGGCUCUUUCCUGAGAGACAAAGGUACCAAGAAGAACAAGUACAAGACGUUCAGCGUAUCGGAUUCGAUCGAUCGGGUGUCCACGCGGAGACCGACCUUAGUUGCGCUACAGACCAUCGACAGUGACGAAGACCUGUUUAGAACUCUUGGCUGCGGGAGGUUGCCAGACCACCUACAACACAAAGAAGCCACAUCACCUCGACCUGCUCCUCCUGCUCUGCCGGCACCGCAAUCUCCUCUCCACGGCCCUUCAGAGCGCAUACGAUCCCCCAUCGAGGCAAGAUUAGAGGAAGGGAGCAGCAUCGGCAGCGAGGACUCCUUACACAAGCCGGCCAUCCAUCAAGUCAUACCUCCUUCACCAUCGACUACACGCAGUGUGAGCUUUUUCGAUGUGGGCAACCUGCUGGAUCAUAAUGACCGUUCGAAGGGCGCUUCGCGGCCAGGAGCGAUAGACGAAGAAGUUGGCCCCCAUACCGUAUUGUCACAGGACUUCGCAUCUGCAUCGCGACAUCACCACUCCCGUUCUGAGGCUCGUGCUUUCCUGCGGGAUGUCGGCGAACGGUUGAGGGUACGCGGCGAGGGUCAUGAUCGAAGUGCAUCGCCAAGACCCUCAGAUAGCCGGUCACGAUCGCGUAACCCUCCAAUGGGUGUCCCUAGUCCUAAGCUGGAGCGGCAAGAGACGCAAAUGUCCUUGCAGGAUGCAGGAGGGCUGCUUGGUCCAGCAGAGGUAUACAGCAUGACACCGGCGGUGUCUGGCCCACAGCAGAGUGAUGCAGGGCCAAGACGGCCCUAUGGCUCUGCACCCGCAAACGGCAAUAGCUGGGAGGAUGAUAUCGAACUCGAUGACAUAGGUGGACUGCUGUCCCACGAACGGACGAUGGAUCGCACAGCGGUGUCUUUGCAAGAGAUCCUCAGCCGCAGCCGCAGCGAGCGAGCGGCUUCGUCGCCUUUGCCCUCGUCGCAGGAAGAACCUGACGAUAUGAUACUUCACGAUCCUGGAGGGCUGAUGAAGUCUUGA